AUGCAUCAGUCUUUCACAGGCAGUGCCCGCAAACCUCGCCAGGUCAACCUCUCCGGCCGCACCCAUACCAACCCAUGGGCUUCCCUUCCGAAAUCAGCGCAGGCCAAUGCUUCUGCCGCAAGCAAUACGAUUGCCCAGGCUCAAGCGGACCGGAUAAGGAGACAACAGGACAGAGAAAGAACAAAUGCUACAAGAACUCUUCAGAGGAUAUGGCGUGGGCACGCGAGUCGUCGGCAGCAGAAAUUGCGAUGGAGACAGAUCUGGGAUGAGAACGAACAGCAGAGACUGGGGUCGCAGAGCCGGGUGGAUUACCAAGGCCUUGUCGACACAGGCGCAACAAUCCCGGCUUAUGACAACUCCCUACAGAUUCUCCUCCAGUUGCGGCUGUUGCUUAGAUUUCAAGAGUUUAGGAGAGGCAGGGCAAGGGAUGACUUGGACGUGCUCAGAUUGCUCUACUUCGGCGAGGCUCUGCAUCGAACCACGAUUUCAUUACGCUUCGAGUUGGAUGACAGCUGGCGGUACAGCCUCUCUCGACUAGGACUACUUGAGGUGCGCCACCUCAAGGGCAUCAUUGGGGACCACACAGACAAUGUCAGAAUAUCUUACGGACCAAGAAUACUGAAAAUGAUCACUAUGUUGGCUGAAUAUGUACCGGAUGAUAUAGCCAAGGAUUCGGCAAUCUACUUCGAGGCGGUCGAUUUAGCUUUACGCAAACAAGAGGAGGAGGCGUGGCAACGGGCCUCAAUUGAGACGAUAGCUGCUCUUCUGAGAUGUCCUUCCACCCAAAAGCAAUCGGCAUACGCUGCGUUUGCAAAACAGUUCCUGACCAAAGAUUCAUUUUCAGGGCGCAGAGACAUUCUGAAAGAAUUUUCUUAUUCCUUAAACCUGCAGGAGCUGGCGCAGGCAAUUGCGAAGGAGGUUGAGGACACGGACAGGAGUGGAAUGCGUCCAUUGACCACUGCCAAGUUAUUGUGGCAACUAGCUCAUCUCAUAUAUAUCCACGACAUCCGGAAAGAAGGUUACGCUGGUCAGAGUGCGUAUAUCGAAGCACUCUCGGCCGUGUUGGGAGAGUGUGCAAAUGAGGUUGCCGAGCGGAUGGACCUGACCGACCAGCACAUGCUCAACACUACUAAGAAGAGUGCUCCCGAACCCUUACCGGGAUUUGUGAGGGAUAUGAUCUCAAGGCUGUCGGAGCAGGAUACUUUGCGAGCCAUUCUGAAAGAGAUGGGCUCAUCAACAUCGUCAGGAAUGUCUAGCGACGGUGCAGACUUUGAUUCUGCGAAGCGACUAGCAAAUUUCGCGGUUGCUCUGCUAAGAGCUUUUCCUACCCGGGCACAGGAUAUUCGAAUGUCUUUGUAUCAAAGCUCUGUCAGAUCAGUUGGAAACGCAGAUAUGUCCACCAUUCAAUACUUCUGGAACGCGGCACGGACGACCGGCGUCUUCAACAAGAUUUCUCAAGACUACCGUGUCGUGCUAUCGGUCCUGACAGAGGCGGCUCCCAAAACCAAUCAAAUAGGUCAAGCACCGUUGUCCAGAAAUGAAAUCGCUCGAUGGCGCGAUGAGUGGCGGAUAAUCCUGCUCUUCCUCGAGUUGUACACGUUUGUGCUGAAGUUCAUGGAUGACGACGAUUUCUUCUCCUACGAGAAACUGCACGCAUUUGGGGCUGCCACUGGUUCACCAACAAGUUUGUUGUCUAGAAAAGGAUCGCUGCCCUUGGACGAGGUGGCGCUGAUGACUAUAUUUCUGAAGAAUCUGGCUUUUACACUGUACUGGAACGCAGCCGACUUGGUGGAGAGCACUGAUCAAGACGAGGACCUCGCCAUAUCUGCGCUCUUUGGCAGUCCGGGGCGUUCAUCUGCCAAGAACACGGAAAAGAAACAACAGACCUUGACUGGGAAUGGUGUAUCGCAAGCCUACCUCAAGGGUUUAGUCACAGGCUUACUGCGGAUGCUACACGAAAGAGACUCUAGGGUGUCAUUUGUACCUCCUGAACACUGGUUAAUGACCAAUCAGGUCAGCAUGGCCGGGUUCAUUUCUGCCGUUGUCGCGGAGGAAGAGAAGAGGCACGAAUUGGAUGACGAAGAUGACACAGAAGACCAGCAAGAUGAGCUUGACAGGGAGGUCGAGAUGGAUAGCUCUGUGGGCUCAUCAGCUGGCGAGGCUCUACUGAGCUCCAUGUUUGGCAUACGACCAUCACACAUUCCCAGAAGCAGGGCAUCGAGGGUGGCGGAGCGGGCGGAAAAGCAGCGACUGCAGGCCAGAAAGAAGCGACAGCUCGAGGCAUUGGCACCACGGCUUGAAAUCCUUCGCAACCUCCCAUUCUUUAUCCCAUUUGAAACAAGAGUCCAGAUCUUCCGUGAAUUUAUUUAUCGAGACCAGUUCCGGAGACGGAACGGAGCCACCGACCCCGACACCUGGCGUAUGGGCGUGGCUGCAAGCCAAGGUCAAACGGCAGACGGCCGGCCCUUGGGUAUUGACAUCCUCUCCAGGCAUCAUGCUCAAAUUCGUCGAGGUGAAGUCUUUAUGGAUGCCUACGAGGCCUUCUACGGGCUUGGAGAAGGGCUCAAAGAACCAAUACAGAUCACCUUUAUCGACCAAUUUGGCACCCCAGAGGCUGGCAUUGACGGAGGGGGCGUGACAAAAGAGUUUCUCAUCAGCGUGACCAGCGAAGCAUUUGAUCCCGAUGCCAAGCUACCAAUGUUCAAGGAGAAUGCUCAAAGAUACCUAUUCCCAAAUCCUACAAUCUACCAGGAGACCGCGGAAUACCAGAGACUCCUUGGGGUUCCAUGGGGUACCCAGGAGAUGGCAUUUGCGAUGGCUGAACUUCUUCGCCAUUACCAGUUCCUGGGCCGAAUUGUCGGAAAGUGCCUAUACGAGGGUAUCCUGAUCGACGUCUACUUUGCUGGCUUCUUCCUGCUGAAGUGGGCACUCACUGGCGGGACGACGGUGGGUUCAAACGAAUCCGCCUAUCGAGCAACAAUCAAUGACCUCCGAGAAUAUGACGAGGAAUUAUACCAGGGUCUUCUGAAGCUGAAGAACUAUUCCGGAGACGUGGAGACGGACUUCUCGCUUGACUUCACGGUGACUGACGAGAUUACGAUCGAUGACGAUGAUGGCACCAAGGUGUCCAAGACAAUCACCACCGAACUGCUUCCGAACGGCGCAAAUACUCCUGUCACCAACGCCAACCGAUUGCUGUACAUUGACCGAAUCGUGAGAUAUCGACUGCAGCAGCAGCCCAAGGCAGUCACGGACGCGUUUCUCAAGGGUCUCGGUCAGAUUAUCCAGCCCAUGUGGCUCGCCAUGUUCAACCAAAAGGAAUUGCAGAAACUCGUUGGUGGUGACAACACGGAACUCGACAUUCCUGAUCUCCGCCGCAACACACAAUACGGAGGAGUCUACGCCAUCGGCGAUGAUGGGCGUGAGCAUCCCACAAUCCAACUAUUCUGGAAAGCCCUCCAGGAGAUGUCGGACGAAGAUAGGCGGAAAGUGCUCAAGUUCGUGACCAGCACUCCACGGGCACCACUGCUGGGAUUCAGUCAUCUGACCCCGAAGUUCAGCAUUCGUGACUCCAGCGGCGACCAGGACCGGCUCCCCAGCACGUCGACGUGCGUGAAUCUGCUCAAGUUGCCACGGUACGAAGAUCUCAAGACGAUGAAAGAAAAGCUUCUAUAUGCAGUCAACGCGGGGGCUGGAUUUGACUUGUCGUGA